AGCGGUUGUUGUGUACCACCGAGGAGAAGUUGUGUUCCACAGCCCGUCUGUCAAGCCGCUUCGCUGGGGCGAACUCUGCAUAAAGAAAACUUUAAUUUCAAAUUGUUUGAUGGAAACGUCCAGGAGUUUGUAAAACAUUAACGACAUUCAAACGUGUCACCAUUCAAAUGACAGGAUGGAUGCUUCAGUUUAUUUGAAAUUUAUAUUGGUGGUCCGCUGCGCCAUCUCCACGGUGUGGUGUGGCCAGAUGUGUGACGUGGUGAGUGAGAUCGAGCUGGAGAGAGAGCGCUGUGACAACAAAACCUCUGGGAACGUCACGGCAGGUUGUCAAGGGAUGUGGGAUAUCAUCGCUUGUUGGCCGUCUGCCAGGGUGGGAGAGGUCAUCACAAUCAAGUGUCCGAAGUACUUCAGUUACUUCUCUGACCAUAUAGUCAAACAUAAAGGUAACCUGUCUAAGACAUGUACCUCAGAGGGUUGGACUGAAAUGCACCCACUGGACAUCGCCCUGAACUGUGGUUAUAACGCCAACAACACUGGAGAUGACGGGAACUUCUUCUGGCAGGUGAAAAUUGGUUACACUGUUGGACACAGCAUCUCCCUGAUCUCCCUCAUCACAUCGAUAGUCAUAUUGAGUAUCUUCAGGAAACUCCACUGCACUAGGAACUACAUCCACAUGCACCUGUUUGUGUCAUUCAUCUUGAAGGCCAUCGCUGUGUUUACGAAGGAUGUGGUUCUGUACCAGGUCGGAGAGGUUGACAACUGCUCCCCAGGAUCCGUUGGCUGCAAGGCGGUGAUGGUCUUCUUCCAGUACUGUAUAAUGGCCAGCUUCUUCUGGCUGCUGGUGGAAGGCCUGUAUCUCCGCGCCCUAUUGGCCGUUUCCUUCUUUUCUGAGAGAAAGUACUUCUGGUACUACAUUCUGAUUGGCUGGGGAGGGCCAACAAUCUUCAUCACAGCUUGGGGAGUGGCGAAGGCCUACUAUAAUGACGUGGGGUGCUGGGACAUAAUUGAGAAGACUGAGAUGUUCUGGUGGAUCAUUAAGACACCAAUCCUGGCCUCCAUCCUGAUGAACUUCAUCCUCUUCAUCUGCAUCAUCAGGAUCCUCCGGCAGAAGGUCAACUGUCCAGACAUUGGAAGGAACGAGUCCAACCAGUACUUGAGGCUGGCCAAGUCCACCCUGCUGCUGAUCCCUCUUUUUGGGAUCAACUUCAUAGUGUUUGCCUUCAUCCCAGAGCAGGUGAACACAGAGCAACGGCUGGUCUUCGACCUCAUACUGGGAUCAUUCCAGGGAUUUGCGGUUGCUGUUCUCUACUGCUUCUUAAACGGAGAGGUGCAGUCUGAGAUGAAGAGGAAGUGGAGGUGGUGGAACCUGCAGCACCACAUGGGUUCUGACACCACUAAGCACCAGCACCCCUCUAUGGGGAACAGUACCGGCACCACUCAGAUCUCAAUGUUGAGCUGCAGCCCAACGACACGCCGCGUAUCCUCCUCCUGCCCCCCUCCUCUCCCCUCUCCCUCCUCUCUCCCCCUCUGCCAGGAUGACUCCUCAAUGAUCUGACACACAGAGAAAGAGAGAGAGCGAGACACACACACAUACACACACUCAUGUUGCCAAACAUACACUCGUAAAACUGACUAUCCUACCGAUCCUUGACUUCGGCGAUGUAAUUUACAAAAUAGCCUCCACCACUCUACUCAGCAAACUGGAUGUAGUCUAUCACAGUGCCAUCCGUUUUGUCAACAAUGCCCCAUAUACUACCCACCACUGUGACCUGUAUGCUCUUAUAGGCUGGCCCUCGCUACACUCUCGUCGCCAAACCCACUGGCUCCAAGUCAUCUAUAAGUCUUUGCUAGGUAAAGCUCUGCCUUAUCUCAGCUCACAGGUCACCAUUGCAGCACCCACCCAUAGCACACGCUCCAGCAGGUAUAUCUCAAUGGUCACCCCCAAAGCCAACACUUCCUUUGGCCGCCUUUCCUUCCAGUUCUCUGCUGCCAAUGACUGGAACAAACUGCAAAAAUCACUGAAGCUGGAGACUCAUAUCUCCCUCACUAGCUUUAAGCACCAGCUGUCAGAGCAGCUUUCCGAUCACUGCACCUGUACAUAGCCCAUCUGUAAAUAGCCCAUCCAACUACCUCAUGAGAACUUGUUCUCAACCUGCUGGUUAAAUAAAGGUGAAA